AUGGCGAUUGAUGUUUCAGAUGAUGAAUCUGAUGAGGAGGUUCCACAGGCUAUUUCAUUAUUCCCAAACGCAGAUGAUGAUAAAAGUGAAGGAAGUAAAUGUGGUGUGAAGAAGCCUGCUGCUACAAAAUCCCCUAAACCAAAAGUUAGCUUGGAGGAAACAAAGGAUUGUGGCACUAACGACGAUGAAAGUGACGAAGACUUUGUUGAUUCAGAAGAGGGUGAAUCAGAUGAUGACGAGGUUGGUAUGGUAUAAGUGAUGAAUCAUGAUUGAUAUCAUUUCCUCCAUGUUUCAGUUCUCUCAUUCCUCUAGAUUAUUUUA